UUGGCGCCUUAUCUCUCUCUCUUUCUCUCUCUAACCGUUGGUCUCAAUUUUACACCCCCAUUCUGUCACUCCCGAGUUACCCAUUUCAAGGUUGCCCCUCUCUUCCAUCCAUGGCCGUGACCCACAUCCUUAAACCCGCCAUUUCCAUGUCCCCUUCUUCACACUUCACUCCCUCUAUACCCUCACCUCCAUUUCCAUUCAAAACGCACACUGGCUCACACUUCUUCACCACCCAUCAUUCAAGAAUUCAUAGCCACCAAACCCCACCGCCAACACUAUCCAGAAGAUUGUUCCUUCCUUCAGUUUCUGGAAUCUGGGACGCCUUAACUGGGGGUAACAAUGCCCGCGAAGCCGUUUCUGCCAUUCGACGUGGAAUGCUACUCUUUCGGCAGGGUGAUGUGCCAGGUUCUUUGGUGGAAUUCGAUAAGGCAAUUGAGUUGGAUCCUCGUCAAAAGGCAUAUCUUUGGCAAAGGGGGCUGUCAUUAUACUAUCUUGAUAGGUUUGAAGAAGGGGCAGAGCAAUUCCGGUUAGAUGUUGCACAGAAUCCAAAUGACACAGAGGAAUCCAUAUGGUGCUUUCUUUGUGAAGCUCAAUUAUGUGGAGUUGACGAAGCAAGGAAAAAGUUUCUUGAGGUUGGCAAAGAUCCACGGCCCAUCAUGCGGGAAGCCUAUAACAUGUUUAAAAAUGGCGGGGAUCCUAAAAAGCUUGUUGCUGCAUUUUCAAAUGGCAGGGAGAAUGAGUAUUUCUAUGCUUCUCUGUAUGCUGGGCUUUAUUACGAAUCCGAGGAAUGAGUUCCUUUAUCCUUUAAAAGAAACUCCAUGUCAACUGAUGUGAACUGUCACUAUUAAGAUACUUAAGGAGAAGAUGUUUCACCUUACAUCAUUUCAGCCUUCCUCAGUGGCCUAAGUUCAUUCAUUUAUCUGUUAUACCCGUUAGUCAAUGGUAGGAAAGUAUAUCGAGGAGGGUGAACUAAGUUGGCAAAGUGUAGGCUUCUUUGAAGUAUUAAUCUACCGUACAUACUUUCGUCAGGGAAAAAUAUGUUUAUUGAAGGAGAAUGGGGGGAUUUUUAGAAGAAUAUUUCUUGCAUGUCAAGAGUUUGUCUUUGCUUGUUAUUUUAGCACAUAUGAGGAUCUGCUGUCAUGUACAUCUUUUAUUACCAGUUUCUGGUGAUAACUCUUGUGUUUACCAGUUCUUGUUAUAACUCUGGUGUAAAGAAAUUAUCCCAUUUCCAUUUGGUAAGUGGAAGUCCUUCCAUUCUCUCUAACCUUGGUGUUUUGACAUUACUGAUAAAAGAGUAAAUUGAGAUAUCGUGUAGCAUGCUUGGUUACUGAUGAACUCAUUGACAACCUUUUUAAGGAAAAUGGACUGAUGUUAUCUUUUGAUUAGGGGUGAAUGCU